UGGGGAAUUGAGUUUGGCAUUUGACAUUUUACCAUGGGUCGUGUUAUUCGUGGCCAACGUAAGGGUGCCGGCUCGAUCUUCCGGUCGCACACCAAGACGCGCAAGGGCGCCGCCGCUUUCCGCGUGAACGACUACGUCGAGCGUGAGGGCUACAUCAAGGGCGUGAUCAAGGAGAUCAUCCACGACCCGGGUCGUGGUGCCCCGCUCGCCCGCGUCUCGUUCCGUGACCCGUACCGCUACCGCAUCCAGCACGAGCUCAUGAUCGCGGCCGAGGGCAUGUACACGGGCAUGUUCAUCUACGCCGGCAAGAAGGCCAACAUGGCCGUCGGCAACAUCCUCCCGCUCUCGCAGCUCCCGGAAGGUACCAUUGUGUGCAACGUCGAGUGCCGCAUCGGCGACAAGGGCAAGUACGCUCGCUGCUCGGGCGACUACGCCGUCAUUGUCUCGCACGACGAGGACAAGGGCAAGACCAAGAUCCGUCUUCCGUCGGGCUCCAAGAAGACCAUCCCCUCGGCCUGCCGUGCUAUGGUCGGUGUCGUCGCCGGCGGUGGCCGCACGGACAAGCCCCUCCUCAAGGCUGGCCGCGCGUACCACAAGUACAAGGUCAAGCGUAACGAGUGGCCCAAGGUGCGUGGUGUUGCCAUGAACCCCGUGGAGCACCCCCACGGUGGUGGUAACCACCAGCACAUUGGUCACCCGUCGACGGUCCGCCGUGACGCGCCCGCCGGUAAGAAGGUCGGUCUCAUCGCCGCCCGCCGCACGGGUCGCCUUCGUGGCAUCAAGAAGCUCGAGAAGGACAACUAAAUGGUUGGCCUACCUCGCUAGUCUUCAAGUCU